AUGGAGAUGGAGAAAGUGGUGGAAGAAGCGGAAUUGAGGGUGAAAAUGGCACAACUUAGAGAUGUACCCUUACCCACCUCUAACACUUCAAGUCAAGGAGGUUCAAGUAGUGGUUUGGGUGUGAGUUCAAAUUGGUAUGGCAUCACAAGUAGUGACCCAAAGAAAAGGAAGGCUAAUCCUAUUGAAAAAGCAUUUAACAAUAAUCUUAGAGAACAAUUAGAUGGUCCUCAAAAUGAGGUCCAAGUGGUCACCGACAAUGCUCCAGUUUGUAAGGCGGCCGGAGAUAUUGUUGAGGCAAAGUUUAAGCACAUCUUUCGGACACCAUGUGUGGUCCAUACCCUCAAUCUUGCUUUGAAGAACAUUUGCUCACCCGUGCCAAGACAUCCGGAAGUGUGUGAGCAAUGUAGUUGGAUUUCAACAAUCUCAAAAAAAGUGAAGACAAUUAUAUAUCGGAAGGAGCGCAAGCAACUCAAUCAGGAUUCAAUGUUCUUCAAUGUGGUGCAUGAAAUUUUGGUGGACCGAUGGACCAAGAGUAGCACACCACUCCAUUGCUUGGCACACUCUCUAAAUCCUAAUCUCCUAAUCAUUGUCCUCCACAUAAAGACAUUGAGACUACAAGGGAGUGGAAGAAAUGUAUUGAUAGAUUAUUUUCUAAUGAGGUGGAGCGAAGAACGGUUAAUGAGGAGUAUGCCACUUUUUCGCCAUGUGUUGAAGAUUUUUCGGAUUUGCCGUAUCGGCGUAUCAUAUCAUAUCGCCGUGCUCGUAUCCUUAUUGAUGCAACAUAGCUGUCGGCACAAUAGCAGUAGCAAACCAGCUGAAACCACUGUACCAAGGCAACCACAUGAACGCCGACGUACUGAGGAGAAAGUGAACAACGAAACCAAUGCCCACGACCUGAGAGAGACAACAAUGAGGCCAGCACCCCGAAGUCGAAGAGGUGAGCGACGGCAGUGA